AUGGGUUCAUGUGCUUCUAAGUCAGCUCUUGAGCAUCGUCGGACGGAGAGGUACUACACAACAAGGAGGGCUAGAAAAGGGCGCGGCAAUCCCCGGCCAGUGAUGCCGGACGGGCCCAAGCCACGAAUUGUGGAUGCAAGAGGGCGCACCACCGACUGCUCAGUGAGCGAGAUAGUCCACGUCGAGUCAGCAUGCAAGUCGGAUCAUUCCAAGACGUUCCACCUCACCCAGAUGGAGUGGCACCACAGCGAGCGAGAUUCAAAUGGUUGCUGCAAAGAAGAUGCCUGGUUCGACUCUGUUAGCAUCCUUGAGGACGAUUCUGAUGAGGAAGAAUUCAAGAGCAUAGAUGGAGAUUUUUCCGACGAUGAAGAAGAUGAGGAGCAGAAGAAGCGAGACAAGGCAUCACAUUUUGCUGAUGCUCUCUCUCGCAUCGGUGAAUUAUGGCGGGGUGUCCCCAUGACAUUGUCAAUUGAACAAUAUCUGAAAAGAGACGACGGUGGUGAUGAUCCUGCACAUAGGAGCCAAAGCAUGGCGAUAUGUGCCAGCAAGUGUGUGGCAAGUUCCAAGGACAAAAAUGAUGUAGAGGACAAGAACAACAAGGAUCCUAGCACCCCAUCUCGCAUACGCAAGCUGCUACAUUCCAUCAGUUUCAAUGAAAAGGUGCAACAAAUCACCUGCGUCAGCCCGACGAAGAGGAAGUCUACAGUUAUACGGCUCUCCUACAAAAGGACAUCAUGCGACGAGGACUCCCAAUGUGGUGGUGACAUCGAGAAAACCUUGCCCACUUCCUUGAGCAAUAAUCAAAGAGCCUUUGGUGAAUCGAAGAAAUAUGUCAUCCAUCCCCAGGGAGGGAUGACGAUCCCAUUUGGAGGGGAAAAGCCCACUCCCGAAAGAUGGUCAUGGAUUGAUCCAUCUGUCUUCAAGCUAAGGAGUGAAACAUUCCUCAGAGAUAAGAAGAAAUGUCCAGCUCCGAACUAUGCCGCGUACUACCCAAUAGGUGUUGACUUGUUUGCAAGCCCCAAGAAGGUUUCGCACAUCGCCGAACACAUUGAUCUUCCACAAGUCAAAUCACACGACAAGCUCCCAUCACUUUUGAUCGUCAACAUCCAGAUGCCUACCUAUCCUGCUGCUAUGUUCCUCGGGGACAGCGAUGGAGAAGGGUUCAGCCUUUGUUUGUACUUCAAAAUCUCAGAGUACUUUGACAAGGAGGUUUCAGAGCAUUUCAAGGAAUCCAUCAUGAGAUUUCUUGAGAAUGAAGGUGAGAAGGUGAAAGGGUUUGCAUCAGAAUCUACAAUGGCAUAUAGAGAUCGUUUGAAAAUCAUGGCUGGAUUGGUUAACCCAGAUGAUCUUCAGUUGAGUUCCACAGAGAAAAAGCUUGUCCAAGCAUACAAUGAGAAGCCAGUCCUCUCCCGCCCUCAGCAUAGUUUUUAUGAGGGUGAGAACUACUUUGAGGUAGAUCUUGAUAUACACCGGUUUAGCUACAUUGCAAGGAGGGGACUGGAAUCAUUUAGGGAACGCCUCAAGAGUGGCAUCCUUGAUUUGGGUUUGACAAUUCAGGCCCAAAAGCAAGAGGAACUCCCUGAGCAGGUCCUUUGUUGUGUUAGAUUGAACAAGAUAGACUUUGUCAAUCAUGGGCAAGUUCCAACGAUUGUCGCAUUCGAUGAUAAGUGA